AUGAUCGAUGUGGCCACAGACUAUCUACAGAAGCUGAAUGCAUUCGAUUAUUACGCCUCUGUGGUUACUGGGCUGGUGCAGGUGUCAGCCUUCCACCACGACAGCGAUGAUUUGAUUGUCCAUCGGUGCCUCAUCGCUGCGCACGCUCUGUCCGAGGGUUAUAUCGGGGCCAAACAGAGUGAACUCGCCUCCGCUGAUUAUCCGCAUGGAGUCGAGCCUGUCCGCUAUCCCAAAGACGAUGUAAAACAAGACGUGCUGCGGACAGUCAAGGGCCCGAUCCUCGGACAUCAUCAGAUCAUAACAUGCAAUGCUGCCAUGUGUUUUGAUACUGCGAUGCAUCCCAAGCUGGCCUUUGUCUCGUACAAAGAAAAUUUGUGCUGGUUGGUCGACUGGGCGCUAGCCCACCGUGAAGACAAAGAUAUCCUGGCCAAACUCAAUACCAUUGUCGACUCGAACUCCACCAGCCCUCCUACGGCUAAUAACGGGGACCUCUCAUAUCAAGAAUCGAUCCCCACCCAAGGACUCGAGCUUUCUUGGAGAGUUCGCAAUGAAAUCGGAAAUGAAUUUACCCACUGGCUGGCCAAGAUGGACGAAGUGGUCAAAGAAUCCACUGAUCCCUCACUGCUUCACACGGGUGUCCUCUGUACCACAAAUACUUUGGUUCGGAAGGUGCUCGUGGCAAGUGUUGCGUACGGAUCCUGGCAGUUCUGGCCCACCCCUCGGCCCUUGACGUUUGACGACUACACCGAACUGGUUUGCGCAUUCAUUGGUGCGAUGGUACGCGGCUGGGCCGUCGACCACGAUUCAGAAGCUUCAAUCAGGGAGCACAACUCGCUGAACUGGGUAUGCAAAGACUGCUCGACGGCUCUGACAAGCGAGGCCUUGGGUCCCGCCAACGCCAGAGCCACCCGAGAUGAUACUAUUAUGCGGUAUGCCUGGGGUCCACAGACUUAUUUCUUUGUUGCUAUGCGACAUCACGGGUUCGCACGUCGGGUAGACAACCUCCUAGAGAAAAGCACCGACCUAGCAUAUCAUAAACCGGCCAGGCAGAUCACUCCGUACUGCGCUCCCAUCGUGGCCGGUGAUAACGUCCCGAUCAUCGUCACCAAACUGCUCGCCUUGUGUGGCAUCCAACUCGACGAUUCCUACAUCGACCUUGGAGAGAAGGAAUGGGACUGCCAGCCCCGAAUGUGUUCUGAGUGCCAAUUUGACGGCUACCAAGCACAGUUGUUUAUGGUCUCUGUUGGCACGGCUCGUUCAGACUAG